CCCAUGCUCCUUUGCAAGGUAAAAAAGGAGUUCCUAUACAAUCUCCCCAGCCGGUAAAUAUACAACGUCGCAAUUGAAAGGAAAGGGAAAAAGAUUUGGGGAUGGGAGAAGAAGCACAAGAAGGUUUCGCAAAGAGGGCGAACCCUGGCAAAGCUACAAUUCUGGCCCUCGGCAAGGCCUUCCCUCACCAGCUUGUCAUGCAAGAUUUUCUGGUUGAUGGGUAUUUUAAGAACACCAACUGCGAUGACCCCGAACUUAAACAGAAGCUAAGCCGACUCUGCAAGACAACUACUGUUAAAACAAGGUAUGUGGUCAUGUCGGAUGAAAUCCUGAAGAAGUACCCAGAGCUUGCCAUCGAAGGCCUCCCCACCGUCAAGCAACGUUUAGAUAUCUGCAACAAUGCUGUCACGGAGAUGGCCAUUGAAGCCUCACGAGCUUGCAUCAAAAAAUGGGGCAGGCCCAUGUCAGACAUAACCCACUUAGUCUAUGUAUCCUCAAGUGAAGCUCGGCUGCCUGGUGGUGAUCUUUUCCUGGCAAAAGGACUUGGACUCAGCCCUGAGACUCAACGGGUCAUGCUCUAUUUCAUGGGCUGCUCUGGAGGUGUGGCUGGUCUACGCGUAGCAAAAGACAUUGCUGAGAACAAUCCUGGCAGCCGGGUCUUACUAGCUACUUCUGAAACUACCAUUAUUGGGUUCAAGCCUCCAAGUGCAGAUAGACCGUAUGACCUGGUGGGUGUGGCACUUUUUGGGGAUGGUGCAGGAGCUAUGAUCAUUGGCUCUGACCCUGUUCUGAGCAUUGAGAGGCCUCUCUUCGAGCUUCACACGGCAAUCCAAAAUUUCUUGCCGAAUACUGAAAAGACAAUUGAUGGGAAGCUUACAGAAGAGGGGAUUAGUUUCAAACUAGCAAGGGAGCUUCCCCAGAUAAUUGAAGAUAAUGUUGAAGGUUUCUGUGAAAAGUUGAUGGGAAUUGUAGGAUUGACUGACAAGGACUACAAUAACAUGUUUUGGGCAGUUCAUCCUGGUGGGCCUGCAAUCUUGAACCGAAUGGAAAAACGACUAGACUUGUUCCCAGAGAAACUAAAUGCCAGUCGAAGAGCUCUGAUGGAUUACGGAAAUGCUAGCAGUAACACGAUUGUGUAUGUGCUGGAGUACAUGAUAGAAGAGAGCUUGAAGAGAAAGACAGAGAGCCGUGAAGAUAGUGAAUGGGGAUUGAUUUUAGCUUUUGGACCCGGGGUUACCUUCGAGGGAAUUCUUGCCAGGAAUCUGACAGUAGAAUAAUGUCUAAAAAGCUGGUAUCCUCUACUGUUACCACAGUGAAAAUUAAUUACGUGUUAUAAGCAAAGGGAAUCCUCCUCAACCAUUUACUGUUCCGGAGAAAAAUCAGAGUGAAAAAAUUUAUACUUUACCGUGACUGAGAACUCUCAAUCUAUAUGACUAAAUCCUUUUUGUUUUCUUUUCUUUUCUUUUCUGUCAACUGAAUCAUAGGAACCAUUCUUGGCAAACAAGUCCAGCUUCAACAGGAAAAUUUUAAUUUGUAAAAAAAGCAGCUUUGGCAUUGGAUUGUGUAAGGUACACUGCAGCCUUACUGUACGAGUAAAUUAUACCUCAGCUUGUGCUAUUUCUUUGUUUCUCUGCGGUAAUCACUUAAUCCAAUUUAUACAUCAAAUAGAUUCUUCAAGCGAAGUUGAGCAUUUUGACCUGCAAAUUUAAAAACAGAAGGGAUAGUAAAUUCUAAAUGCAUACCAGAAUAGGCUGAUACCAAUCUAAAGCUAUGGCAUAUACACACUCCUCGGAACACCAAACGCCCAGCUUUUCUCUAUGUAUAAUUAUACUCUCUGAUCAUGAAAAUUGAAAACGCAAGCUCGAAAAUUUCUUCACUUCCAAACCAUUCCGAUAAAUGCUUCAAUUUAAAUUGUAAGACGAUCUGGGGCCAAAGCACGUCAUCUGACGCAGUUAAAGUCUAUAAUAAUUAACUUAAUAUAAGCAGAAGAUUGGCAUUUGACACCAAAAAUUAAUCCAUCUAUGAAAUGUUUUUAAUAUAAAUAACCACCCAAAGUUGCUGCAUCCCGAAAUUUACAAAACAUCCACUAAUUCCCAGUCACGACGAACAUGUCGAGAGCAAAAAACCAGAACUUAAACAAGGACACCCAGUCACAUUUGUAACCAAGUUAUAGUUUUUGAGGCAGCAAGCUCAUCGACCAAAGCAAAACAGCAUCCUCACUUAUACCACUCCAGAGGGAAGACGGAGAACAAGCUGCCC